AUGGAAGAGGAAAAUGUCACAAUUACUGAGGAAGAGAAACUUUAUGAGGCCUCUCCAAUUGAUAUGAAUUUUAGAUAGAUGUCAAGCGCAAAUUAUUAUCUAGAUAGUGAUCAAUCACAUCAUCUUAAGAACUAACCAUAUAUAAGCUAAGCUCUACAUUUUAGUCCACUUAUGAACUAGAAUAAGCAUCCCUCAAUCUAGGGUCGAGAAUAUAUGACAUCCUCUUCAAAUAACUAUGAUGAAGAAUCUAAGUAGUCGGAACUAUUCAACUUAAUUCCAGAUAACAUUAGUGGAAGUGUGAGCAACUUUCUAUGUCUUGAAAGUCUCUAAUCUUAGUAAAAUGAAGUUGAGCAGUAGCAUGUACAGUAGGAGAUAUUGCCAUCAAUCGAGUCUGUUGAAAGACAGGAGUCAAUUGAUGAGGAGUCUUUAAAUCUGCUUAGCUAAAUACAUCAUAAUGAAGAGAGAAAUGACAACAUAUUCAAUAUACAAGACUAAUUGGUAGUUUCAAAUGAAGAUGACCAUAUUGAUGCUAUUCCUGAUGAACAGAACAUAAGAAACUCCCACUAUCAAGAUUAGUUUCCUCUUGAAGGCAGAGGUAAUAUAUCUAGUGACUAAUUUGACAUUUAUGACAAUAAAAACCCUCACGAAAAACCAAAAGUAUCAUAUAUUCUGCCAAAUGAAUUAUAUAUGAAGAUUACUAUUCUUAGAAGUAAUAAUGAUUUAUCAAAUUUAAAUACUACUUACUUUGUAACUCCAAGAGGAGUUGUUAAUUCCCUUAGAACUUACCCCGAUGGAGAUGUAACCAUAGGAAGACAAUAUAUAAAUGAAAAUGAUCUAGGAUCUGUGCAUAGUACUUAUUUAAAAGUUUCAAAGGAUUACAGCCAUGAACUUAGAAAAGGCUAGAAUUAUUAAAUUGGAACAGAUAUAUACUUCAAUAUUAUAGAUCUAAUGAGCUCGAACCAGAAUUACUCAAGUAACUAAAUGAUAGUCAAUACAUAUGAGGAUUUUAUGAUGUAUAUCGCUAGAGAGUAUUAAAGUUAGACUAAGAUAUAUGGAAUUGAGAAACAUGAAUAUGCUAAGUUUUUGAACUAAAAGAAAUUUAAGCAUUCAAAGGAUAACAAAGAAGAGUCUAAGACAAUAGGCCCAGUUGUUUAAAUUCCAAAACCGUAUUCGUUGGUAAAAUUUGAAAUUGUAACUUCAGGCGGAACAAGUAAUCAUCUUCUAGUUUCGAGAACAGAGAAUCAAAGAAUUGAAUAUAAACUUGGAAGGGCUGCAACAUGUGACAUCAUAACAAAUUAGAUUACUAUCAGUAGAGAGCAGUGUAGAUUUGUAUUUAAUGAUUCUAUGGAUGAUUCAAGCGUCAUUUUAGACUAAAAGCGAAAAUUCACUUGGGGCAUUCGAGAUGGUAAUGAUCAAAGAGAGAGUGCUAAUGGGACAUGGGUGUGUCUUACAGAUUAUAGAUUAAGGUAAUUUAAAUAAGAAAGCUAGAUGGAGCCAAUUAGACAAGGAAGUGAGAUAAAACUAAGUGAUACUGUGUUUAAGAUUGAUUGGACUGAUCACUAACAUUAAAAGUUAUGA